AUGGUGGCGGUAACUAUAUCAAACCAAUGGAUUCCGUCUAUUUUUUGUAGACCUAAAGGUCAGAUAUUAACUGAAGGCAAAGAACGAACUUGCUUUGCUCUCAUGAGGUACCUGGAGAAGCAGGUACACAUGGAGACCUUGCAUCUGCCAUCGGUCCAGACAUGGUUGGGGAAUGAGUUGGAGAGCAGAGGUAUUGACUCCAUGAUAUACUCGCGUCACAUAAUUCAGCUACUACAAGAAGAUGAUGAGGAAGAGGUUGACUGUCCUGACUACUUUGAUUUUAACAAGUAUAAACCUAAGAUGAACAAAAAAGGCAAAGUCAAGAAACAAGAGAAAGUAAAUCCAGCAAAUUUGGAAAAAAGACAAGAUAGGAAAAAGAGUGCUGUUAUUGAAUGUCUUCAGGCUGUUGUGCCAGAAGAGGACACUGGCAUUGAGAUUUUGGUUGAAGAGUUGUGUACAAAGCUAAAAGAAGUUUGUAAACCAGCAAGUUUGGAUGACCCAGAAGUGGUGCAGCUUUCAGAUAGUUCCACUGGUACCAAUGACACUGACACAUCAAAUAGUAGCCCAGAAUUAGUGGGAGAUCCAGCUGAAAGGUAUUACGCAGCUUUUCCUGCUUUGCAUGGACAGGAAAAAUCAGAAUGUUACGAGUUUUCAUCACCCUACAAUAAAGAUAGUGUUGAUGUAUGGCGGAAGAAUCCUAUCACGAAGUCAUCUAGUGAAAGCUACAGUGUUAAUUUUGACUCUGGAAAUGAAUCUGAGAAAGAGAGUAGAUUAAGAUCAGAUAAAAAAAAAGGAGACAAAAUAAGAAGCGAACCAAGGUCUUACAAAAAUAAUAAGAAAAAGAAAUCAGCUCGUAAUCAUGGAAGACUUGGUGGAAAAAAGAAUGAUAGCAUUGGGAAGUUUUGUCGUUUUGCUAGUUGGCCUCAAGAUUGGAACUAUGCAUCAGAUUCUGCUAUCGACUACCAUGAAGAAUGUACUAUUGACAAAAAGCGGGAGCUGUGUAGUCAAGUUGAAAACCUUUUGAAAGAAAUUCUUCUUCCACAUUCGAGACAUGAUGCAUAUGAUUUCCAGGGGAAGAGACAUUUUUAUAGAACAGCACCAGCUUCUCUUUCAGAGGACCGAUUCAGUCCAGAACUGCAGGAAAAAGAUUUCUGGUAUACCCAACCGUUUGACGAGUUGUUUGAAGCAGAGGAUAUUUCUACUCCAUUUCAUCAACGACUGUAUAAACGCCACAGUUAUCCAUCGUUUGAAUGCUUCAAUAAGGCAGAUGAUUGUGACACUCAAAGCACCACAAUCGGCCAAUCACAAAAAUGCGAGAUGGAGGAUGAUUCUGACAAACACUGUGAUGAUGUAAAGAAGAGCAAAAAAACUGUCUUAGAGACAUCUGACAUUACAAAAGACCAUGAAGAUAUUCAAGAAUUCUUUGGUUUGCAGUUGCUAAGUCUGGAAGAGAACAAUGAUAGAAAGUCAGAAUUGAUGGAGAGCAAUGUCUUUGGCCUGCAAGAUUUGAAGCUGGAAGGAAAUUGGACCAAGCAUGAUGCAAGCCUAGAUAAUGAUGACAGUUUUGGUCUACAGUCAUUGAUGGUGGAGAAAGAGUGUUUUGAAAAUCUGUUGGAAGAAAGCCUACCAGAAAAGGACAUCCUUAUUAUGCCUUUAGAGGAACUUGUUCCAGAUACCCUCACCAAUCCGAAUCAUUCAUCAUAUUUCAUAUCAUCAUCCCCUUGGACUGCUACUGAAGAUGAUUUCAGAGAAGUUGCGAUGUCACACAAAGAUGGAACAGAACAAAAGAAACUUGAAAAUGGUUCAAAUUAUACAUCUCCUAUUCAAAGUAUUUGUUGCAAGACCAUAAGAAAAAACCAGGAAGAAAUUUGCCAUUUGGUCUCCGAGACAUCUGAAGGUGACAUGUUUAUUAACAAUGAGCAAUUUGGAGAAGACGACUUGCCUUCCACAGAAUCCUUAUCCUCUUUGUUUGAUUCAGUGUUAAAGUCCAACAGUGAAUCCUCUACCUCAUCCAAUUCGUCAGCUUCAGUGACAACCAUGACAGAGCACAGACCCGACAUUGAAUGGACGUUGGCCAACUCAGAGGAGAAUACAACAGUCCCAAACUAUGAUUUAUUUACUCAUCCAGUUUCAUCAAUCUAUGCUUCCCUCCAUGCAACAGACCUGUCUCCAGCUUCCAAUUCAGAUGAUCAUAAAAUCUCCAUACCAGUUAGCAGCAGCGAAACAACUCUAAUGAAUGACUGGCCUAAGAAAUUCCUUUUUGGUAGAGAUGAUAAUAGUGAUGAUAGUUCUACUCUAGGUUGGGAAAGGCAUAAUGGGUCACAACUAGCUUUUAGUGGAAAGGCAUCACAGCUAUGGGAUGUCAACUACCAAGGGAAGAAAAUGCUUGGAUUAUCAUAUCCAUGGAAACCAUUUCAGCACCUCGAUCACACUGAACCUGAUUUUAUGCAAAGUGUGAACUUUACUGGAAAUGGUCAUUCAGAUGAUGAAGCAUCUCUUAACACUCUUAUCCCCCAGAUAACAUUCUCCUUAAUUUCUGAAGAAGAAAGUGCUUUCAUGAAUGAUGAUAGUGAUGAAGAAAGAGGCGAUCAACACUUGUUUUCAAAAGAUUGCAGAAGGGACUUUGAUCGUAGUUUUUCAUUGAAUGAGCUUUCAUCACUGAAGUCGAAACCAGAAUCUGUAUCUUCUUAUUCUCAUCUUUCUAAAAGCUUUGAACUUGUACCUUCCGAACACUCUGCGUUUCAGGAUGUCAUACCAAAGAGAAUACAGCAUGCUGUAAGUGAACCAAAUCUACAGCAAUACCAUCUAGAUAGCAGUCAGAAUGAACCUAAAUUUCUGAAUGAAUAUUUGCCGCAUACACCAAAAAAGAAGGCUACAGACUCCAGCAGUCCAAAAGAACACUUGUUUUUCUCCCCUAAGACUCAUUUUCAGCCAAUCCAGACACCUGUUGGAAAGCCUGGUGAUACUGUUUCAGAUGUUUCCUCCUCAGAUUUCCAUUUACGUGAUCUAUUUGGUGGCUGUCCAAAAACAUCAAAAACACCCUAUCAAAAAUUUCAAGAUGCUAGAUCUGACUCAAGUGAAGAGAGUUUCAUACCCAUGUUUAAACUUAGGAAGGAACAUGAUAAAUACAUUCAAACCAAUACCUCCAUUGCAUAUCAACAUGGAGAACCAUACAUAGAUUGUGAAGAGUAUGGGAAUAUAUGUAACAAAUGCGGAAAUUUCGCCCAAGUCCAAAACUGGGAACAGGAUGAUGACACAGCUUGUAUUUGUACAGAGUUUGACCAGAAUGCACUUGAGGAUUUCGACAUCUAUGGCUAUGUUGAUAGCUUAACAGUCUCUGAACAAAAUACACCACAAAAUGUUCCCAAGGAUGUGAAAAAUGCUUGUACAGAUUCUGGUUAUGAAGAUUUUGAUACAGGAGAUACAGGGAUUGAAGGUUCAAGGAAUGUUAGAUAUCAAUAUCAAGAAGGAUAUGUUCCUCCAGUUGAAUGUGUUCCUGUAGAUAAUGCCUUCGAAUGUAUUACAGUAGAGAAGUCUUCUGGAGAGAAGCAAGUAUUCACGAGGGAGGAUGGCUGGGUAAUGUAUAAGGUUGAAGGAGGUUUAGGUUUACAGUGUUUAAACGAGGCUCAUAUACGAAAAAAUUUGAAAUAUGCAAAGGCUGGGAAAGAGGAAGAGGACGGGAAAGAUGAUGAGAAUGAAGAUGGGGAAGAUUUUCUGAUGCACCAAGUGGAAGAAGAAUGGCUUCUGAAUGGGUAUUACUGUGAUGGAGAGCUACUAGACGACACAAACUAUUAUGAAUACCCAGCCUCACAAAGUGUUUGGAGUACAGGGCAAGAUUGUAAAACCAAGGAAGAACAAAUUUUCAUGGAUCAACAUUUUUCUGAAAAAGAAGCUUGUGUCCCAUCAUUACUGAGAAAGCUCUCACAGCCUAACUUUUCAACAGAUUUCUUUGCCUUAGAGAACAAUAUUUGCAUGGGAGAUUUUGUGAAAGAAAGUCUGCAACCAGUUGGUAACAAAUUCCUUCAGAAAGGAUCAAGUACAUUAAGUGAAGAUGAUGGAAAUAUUUCAAAUUUUCUGUAUUCUGAGAGGUUUUAUCCAAAAGAAAACACUGACACUACUUGUGAAGAAGCCUUGGAGGGAGGAAAUAUUACUGCUCCCCAACCUGAAUCUAACCAGCAGGAUGAGGAUGUUAUAAAGGUGAAACUUGUUUUCCACCAGAAAAAGAAGGCACAUGCAGACAGUGGCAAUCCAGACAUGUAUUCUGAUAUGGAAUUUCAGGAAAAUAAUGACGCCCAGCUUUUCAUGCCAAUGCCGAGCCAAGCUGUCUUUUCCACAGAUCUGGAAAAAGAGUGGCUGAAAGGAAAACAGGAUGAAAAAGAUAUGACUCUGCAAUCCUCAUUGAAAGGGCCAGGUGGAAAAAAGAAACCAUGUAGCUUCUUUAUGGAAGGAGUAUGUCGACGGAUGGACUGUAAAUUUGCCCAUGACGUGUCCAAUAUCACCUGCAGGUUCUGGGAAGAGGGUGAUUGCUUCAAAGCUGAGAUGUGUCCAUUCCUGCAUGGAUAUUAUCCAAAAAUUCAAGGUGUGGCUGCAGGUGGUAAACCAAAGGGUUCAAAAUUUGAAUUUCAAGCUGAUGACUUUCCAGACUUAAAAAAGGUGGUAAAGGAUGGUGAAUGCAAGCCAAAAGGCAUGCAGACAAAGAAAGUUUCAUAUUUUGAUGCAAAAGCAAGCAACAAAAACAGCAGGAGAUCGCAAAUGAGGAUGGGAGAGAAAGGAAAAUCAACCCUGCAAAAGCCGCAGGGUGAGGUAAAAACCUCACAGACGAACAACAAAUGUUCAACCUUCCCCAGAAAGACUACCUCUAGCAACACUCCAAAAAAUAAAUCGUGA